UUUUUUAUAGGUGGUCGAGGUCAUUUUUUUGGUGCAAAAGCAAUCGAUGAAUUUAUUGUACGAUUGCAAAUGAAAUUAAUUGUCCGUACGCAUACACCAUAUGAUAGGGGUCAUUUUAUGUUUGCAUCGAAGCAACUAUUGUCCAUCUGGUCUAGUAAUUGUAAUAAUGUCAAACUUGCAACUAGUUUAUAUAUUAACCCACAAUUACAGAUCAGUGUACAUUGUAUGACACCUGUAAUUGUAAAAACUAUUGUCACUGAUCAAUUACCAGAAACGCUAUCAGAAGUGGAAAUUAUUGAAGUAGAAGAGAGGAAUAAACUUGAUGGAAUGUAACGUGUGAAAUCUUAA